AUGUUGAUUUUAUCACUGCUCUGCAUAGUUGGUGUGGUCACAUCGAGUACGGAAUGUAUUUGGGCAGUGGGAAAACUUGUAUGUCUCAAGAAUCAGACUCGAGUGUUGGACUCCGUAGUUGAGGUAUGGGACAAGGAUGGACCACAAAGCAUCAAGCUAAUAGACAUAUUAGAUCCAGACGAUAAAGCCGGCUUGACUAUGGUGGAUGACGAGCGAAUGGAAUAUUCAAAGCUGUGCUGCAGAUUUCGAUUGGUUGGGACCGAUUUAUUUGAAUCGGCCAGAGUUUUAUUUCAAGAUCAAACAUAA